AUGUCGUCGUCGAUGCUCCGUGACGUCGACCUGACGUCAUCACAUACGUCACGGAGCCGCCGCGCGGCCGCGCGCGUGCCCCUCAGCGCUUGGCGCCGCCGAGUUCCCGCCGCGGCGCGCGCGGAUGACGUCACUGCCGGUACCGGGCCGGUCGCGUGUUUCCCGGGAACUUCCGGUUCCGGGGCGCGGAGCGGCCCCGCCAUGGACGAUCUGAUCCUCAACGUGGACUUCGCCGCCCCUGAGCGCCGCCCCAAGAAGGAACCGGGGAAUCGAAAGCACCAGAACUUCGUGCGGCGGCGCCGGGAGCUGGAGCGCCGCGGGGUCCUGCGGCAGAAGCAGCUCCCGGCGGCACCUGGCGCGCCCCGGCGGGCUCCCACGCGGCGCUCGGGGGCCAAACCGCGCUCGGGCCGGCGCAGCCCCAAAGAGAACGGCCCCGCCGCCCCCCGGGGCCCCCCGGUGUCGCAGAACGGCCCCACCGGCACUAAGGAAAAGGGGAAGGCCAGCGCUGCCGGAGCUCCCCCAGCAUCCCAGAACGGCGCCACCGGGAGCAAGGGGAAGGCUCGGGGGGCGGCUACCGGAGCCCCCCCGGCCUCCCAGAACGGCCCCACCGGCACCGGUGCCCCCGGUCGGAGCAAGGGCAAGGCUCGAGUCACCCCCAAGGCUGGCGGUGCCCCCCCGGCGCCCCCCAAGCUGGUGGCCCUGGACUGUGAGAUGGUGGGCACGGGGCCCGGCGGGCGCACCAGCGCGCUGGCCCGCUGCAGCAUCGUCACCUACGAGGGGGACGUGGUGUACGACAGCUACGUGCGGCCCGAGGCGCCCAUCGUGGACUACCGGACCCGCUGGAGCGGCAUCCGCCCGCGCCACAUGGCCCAGGCCGUGCCCUUCCGCAGGGCACAGCAGCAGGUUCUGCGGAUCCUUGCUGGCAAGGUGGUGGUGGGCCACGCCAUCCACAACGACUUCAAGGCUCUCCAUUACUACCACCCCAAAGCUCUGACCAGGGACACGUCCCAGAUCCCUCUGCUGAACCGCAGGGCUGGCUUCCCUGAGAACGUGGCCAUCUCCCUGAAACGCCUCACCAAGGCCCUGCUGAACCAGGACAUCCAGGUGGGGAAAAGUGGCCACUCCUCGGUGGAAGAUGCCCGAGCCACCAUGGAGCUCUACAAGGUGGUGGAGGAGGAGUGGGAGCAGCACCUGCAGCAGAACCCGGAGCAGAAGUGACACCCUGGAGGGCUCAGAGUGGCACCCCCAGCCUGGUCCUGCCUCUGGGGGGCUCCGAGUGGCACCCUGGAGGGCUCAGAGUGGCACCCCCAGCCUGGUCCUGCCUCUGGGGGGCUCAGAGUGACACCCUGGGGGGCUCAGAGUGGCACCCCCAGCCUGGUCCUGCCUCUGGGGGGCUCAGAGUGACACCCCCAGCCCAGUCCUGCUUCUGGGGAGACCCAGAGUGAUGGCAACAGGUCUGGUCCUGCCUCUGGGGGGUCCCACAGUGACACCCCCAGCCCAGUCCUGCAUCUGGGGGGUCCCACAUUGAUGCCCUCAGGCCGAAUCCUGCCUUUGGGGGGGCUCAGAGUGACACCCCCAGCCCGGUCCUACCUCUGGGGGGGUCCCACAGUGACACCCCCAGCCCGGUCCUGCCCCUUGAGCGUCCGGUGAGCGCUGAGGGGCUGCCCUGUCCGUGGCUGAGGAGGAGCCCGGUGCAAUGUCCCUGUCCCCAAGCUGUCGUGCCUUGUGCCCCUGUCCCCAGGGUGUGGGCAGGGCCCGGGCCGGUGCCUUCCCCCCCAGGGGAGGAGCCCCAGAGGGGUCUCUGGGACUCUGCACCCCCCGAACGCUGCUCCUGAGCUGGGAGUGACCCUGGGGCGUCCUGAGCACAGCCCCCAUCCUUGGGGCGCUGGGAGUGGAGCAAGCUCCUUUCUCCUCCCCAAACUACCUCUGCCAGCGCCGGGAGCCGCCGGUGCGCCCGGGACUGCGGCUGGGAUCACAUCCCUCCGCAGAUUCCCGCUCCGGGAGCUGGGAUCACAUCCCUCCGCAAAAGGAUCACAUCCCUCCGCAGUUCCCCCUCCGGGAGCUGCUCUAGGGUGCUGAAAUUCCACCUUCCUCGUUGUGCAAGGGGCGGGACAAAGCCGGGCAUGGCGAGCAGCAUCGCCCCAUCCGCCUGCCCGAGCCCCCCGUGCUGCCCCGGGGGCAACCCUGAGGGUCCCGCGGGCGAGACCCCCCCCGGGCUGGCCCGGGCAUACCCCCGGAGGGCAGCCGGACCCUGAAGGCGCCCGAGCCUUGACGGGAACUGCUUUGAACUGAAAGGUUUAUGUGCAAAAUCCAAAUUAAAAAGAAAUCAUUGAA